AUGGCAUCAGUACCUCACACCACAUCGCUCAAUUUUACCAGUAUUGAAACAUUGACUGGUUUGAAUUUUAAGAAGUGGAAAGAGGACAUUGAAAUCGUGCUGGGUUUGAUGGACCUAGAUUUAGCAUUAAGAGAAGAUAAGCCUGCAGAACUCACUAAUACAAGCACUGCUGAGGAUAGAAUCAAAUUUGAAAAAUGGGAGAGAGCGAAUAGGAUGUCAAUGAUGAUAAUGAAGAAGGCCAUGGCUCAGUCGAUGAAAGGAGGAAUCCCAAAGCAUACCAGUGCCAAGGGUUUUCUUGCUGUUAUUGGGGAAAAGUUCAAAGAAUCGGAGAAGGCUGAGACUGGCACUUUUCUUACUCAACUCACUUCCAUGAAGUUCGAUGGAUUGGGGAGUGUGCGUGAGCACAUUCUCAAAAUGGCAGAUCUUGCUCAAAAACUAAAGGACCUUGAGAUGGCUGUAACUGAUUAG